GAGCCGGAGUCGGUUCGAGUCCUCACACCGAGUCCUCACCAAGUCCCGGCCGUCUGAGUCCGGCUCCGGAGUCCUGCCGAGCACCGGUGACCCGCUCACACCGCACCGGAUCCGAACCGCGUCGCCCGACAGCUCCGCGCGGCCGACCCCCCACCGCCCCCCUCCAAGCCGAGCCGCGCGCCGCUCAGACCGGACCCGAGGACCGGAGGGAGCCGGUGCGACCGUCUUUGUUCGCCGUGACCCGGAUCUGCUCACCAGAACCAGAAACGAGCUCUGUUUGGACUUUUCUUCACUCCGCGGUUCGACUUUUGUUCUGAGUUCUGAUCCGGAGCGAAGCAGAAACAGAAGAAGCUCAACAGCUGACUGACGACACGUUGCGCAACUCAGACAAUAAGCAGCAGACAAAGACGUCAGAGCUCCCAGUAGCACCAGUAGCACCAGUAACCCCCCCAGGAACACCAGGAACACUGCUGCUGCUGCUCCCAGUACAAGCAAACCUGCCGCUGGACUGUUUCCAGUAACUUCCACUGGUUUCCAUUUGAGCUGCAGUUUGGACCAGUUUGCCAAAAGUGAAGAUGAGCAUGGGCGUGGCCACCACCAGGUCUCAGGUGUGUCUGAAGCGGUUGCUGGACGAGCCCCAGGACGGUUUGCUGAAAUGCAAACGGGCCCGCGUGGCCCCGCCCCCUCCCUCCGUCGGCCUAUCGCCGUGUCUCAGGCACACGAGCCCCGCCCCCAAGCCCAGCCAGAGCCAGUCGCCAUCCAGAGUGGGACCGUACCUGCUGUACGAGCGCUGCGAGAAGGAGGAGACCUACAGGGCCGUGCACGUGCACACGCAGCAGCAGUACACCUGCCAGGUCCUCCCUCUGCGCGGCUACCAGGACCGUCUGGCAGCCUACGACCGCAUCGGUCACCACGACAACGUGUGCGGCCUGCUGGACGUGGUGGUCGGCCAGGACAGCGUGUACGUCUUCCUGCCCGGUCACCACGGCGACAUGCACGCGUACGUGCGCAGCCGGAAGCGUCUCGGCGAGGAGGAGGCGGGGCUCCUGUUCACGCAGAUGCUGAGCGCCGUGAUGCACUGCCACCGCCACGGAGUCGUCCUGAGAGACCUGAAGCUGCGCCGGUUCGUCUUCACCGACAGAUACAGGACUCGUCUCGCUCUGCUCGGCCUCGACGACUGCGUCCUCCUGCGCGGUAACCACGACGACGACUCCCUGACGGACCGGCACGGCUGCCCCGCCUACGUGGGCCCCGAGCUGCUGACCAACGGCGGCGGCUCGUACUCGGGCCGGGCGGCGGACGUGUGGAGCCUGGGCGUGUCCCUGUACACCAUGCUGGUGGGCCGCUACCCCUUCCAGGACACGCAGCCCGCCGCGCUGUUCGCCAAGAUCCGCCGCGGGGCCUUCAGCCUCCCCGACUGGCUGUCGCCGCAGGCCAAGUGCCUGAUCGGCUGCAUGCUGAGGAAGUCGCCCGGCGAGAGGCUGCAGGCGUCCGAGCUGCUGCUGCACCCGUGGCUGACCAAUCCCUGCGCGCCGCAUCACAGCGCGCCCAAGAUGCAGCAGAACUCGGCGCUGCAGCGGAAACACGAGGACGAGGACGACGGCGGCGACCAGGUGGUGCCGACGUGGAGCGACGGACAGUCAUGAACACACCUCCACGUCCAUCCUCGUCAGAAGCUGAACUGCUGUAGUGAAUCUUCACGUCCUGAAACCAAAACCUGGUUCAGACUUUAGCUGCAAGUCUGAACCCUGAAACGGACCUUUAACCCUCUGAACCCCGACACCCGCUGCCAGGUUGGAAAGGUGUGUUUAUAUUUAAGAAAAACCACCAAGACGACACCAUUCAUCAGAACUGUAGGGUCCUUGAACUACUCACGUGUUGCACCAUCAAUGGAACCAAAUCU